AUGUCACUGUCAAAAGUUUCCCUUUGCAAUUUUAUUUACCGAUCGUACAUAUUGUACAUAUUUAUUUAAAAAAUUUAAAUUUAAAAUUUUAUAUUUAGGUUUUCAGAUAAAAACCUAAAUAGAAGGAGAUUUUUAGAAAUACACCGUACUCAAUAUCCAAAUAAAAUGUCUGAAGAUAUAAUUACCAAGACGGAGGAACCAGAAAUUCAGUACAUUCUGAAUAAUACAGAAUUUGUAUUUGAUUCUUCCGAUUUAAAUGAAGAAAUGAAUGAUGUCAUAAAUCCAGAUGAUAAUCAAGCAUACAUUUGGACAUACGGCCAUAUUGUACAAAAAGUUGGUGAAGAAGGAGAUACUGUUCUGGUACAAGAUGAAGAAGAAAUGAAUCAGUACUUAAUGAAUGAUAAUCAAGAUCUAUCUCUGGAAAACCAGCAAAUUAUUAAAUAUAUGGACGAAGAAGGUAAUUUAUCAGAAGCCUCUAAUAUUUUCUAUAUAGAUAAAGGUGUUCCUUUAGGUACCCAAAGCAUAUCUCCUCAGUAUUACUUAACAGAAUUCAUGGACUCCAUUCCAAAUGUUUGUAAUGAAGAUCAAGAUUCAAUUAAUACUAGUGAAUACUACGCGGGAGAUCAGCAUGGAGACGCAUUUCUUGAUAUUAAUGAUACAAAUUGGUAUCUAAAUAUCUCCAAAUAUGGAAAUUUACAGAUAACUAUUCCUCCACCUGAUAAUAACGAAAAUACAACAGAUACUAGCGAUGUCCCACAAAAAGUGGAUUUAGCUGCCAUUAAAGGAAAAAAUCUUUUAACCGGUCAAGUGCUAAGUUUAGAUAGUUAUAUGGACAAAAUAUUAACCCGGAUGAAAACUAAUCCGUCCAUUAAAUCUUCGAAGAGGAAGCAUAAUUUAAAUGCUUAUUUGAAUAAGAAACUCAAUUUAGGUCUUACUGUUAACGGGAAGAAGCUGAUGGGAAAGAUAAUUCAUGUAGGCUCCAAAGACAAGCAAGGGAUUGGAGUUCAAGUUACUGAAGACAAUUUAGAGAUUGAAAAUGGAGAUGUAGUUUAUACAGAACCACCGACAAACGCGUUAGAAAACAAUGUGAUUACCAACCAUCAACCAAAGGACAUUUCUAAGGAAUCGGAUCAAUUUCAGCACAUUUCGAAAGUUCUAUCGGAUUUGAUGCGCAAAGAAAAUUUUAAAGCGAAAAUUAGGCACAGAAGACUUUGGAUAAAAGUGGUAGAGAAAUAUCGAACGAAAGCAAGUGCGAAUACCAAAAACGUGUCGUGGAUCAGGGGGUGCAUGGAGCCAAAAUUGGAACCUGUUGAAGAUAAUGGGUAUUUAGAUGACUGGACGUUUGUAUCUGAUGAUAUUAUAUCGGAGAAGAAUUAUGCUAAGCUCAAGUCACAAAAAGAAUAUUCAAACUACCUACAUCUAACGAUAAUAACAACGCAUUACAGCAGUAGCAAAAGUAUUAUUAAAAUAAUCAUCGAUUCGAAAAACGUUGAUUGUCGUUAUUGUGAGCAGAUGUUUGCAUCAAAAGAAAAUAUGGUGAAGCAUGUUAACAAAGACCAUAACGCAUGCGAAGUUUGCAAUGAAGUUUAUGCAAAUUUGAGGGAGUUGAUGAGUCACAAAGAGGUACAUAAUACUGCUGCCUUUAAAUUAUGUCCUAAGAACAACUGUAAGAAGUAUUUUAUGACAAAUCUGGCUCUAAAAAAACACACUGAGUCGCAUAGCUUGGAAUCCUUUAAAUGUUCGCUUUGCUCUUACAGUGGAGUCGAUCAAGCCGACUUUAAAGCUCACUCUUUGACCCAUCCGUCAAGUUGCGAGGUCUGCAACUCUGUUUUCCUCAACGAAGCAGAAUUAAUGGCACAUAAAAACAUUCACUUAAAUGACACCAAUAGACAUAAGAAAGUAGUUAUAACCAAACUGUAUGUAUGUGAAAUAUGUAACCACACAUUUUCCCGACAAGCGAAUUUGCAUAGACAUCUGGAAAUACACAAGAAAACAGAUAAGCUCUUUACGUGUACAAUUUGUGGCUGUUCGUAUCACUUUUCGUCGUCUUUAACUCGUCAUAUUGUUAAAAACCAUGUACAGUUGCAAAGACCGGAUAUUGCUCCUAGGGGAGAAGAUAAUUCCAUAGCAGUGACGCUUUGAUUUAACUUAAUGCUAAAGGAGAUAUUGAUACCAAUAGAAGAAACUUUUAAAGAACGCUUAAAAUUCACCAUCUUCCAUUUCUAUUAGGCAGCUAAUAGUUUUCACUCAUAAUAAAGCAAACUAGAGAUUUAAGACUAGAAAGAUUUAUCAGUUGUACUCGGAUAGUAGUAAGAAGCCCAUAAAAAAUUACUAAGAAUGUAUCAAAAGGACACCACACACAUCUUAUUGAAAAAAUCUCACUCAAAUGCAAUAAAAUUUAUACGAAUAGAUUCGUCCUCGAAAUUACCAUUAUUUUAUAUAAUUGCACCAACUCUGAAUUUUGAUUAAUAAGGCCGUAAAUUGUAAUUAAAGUUUAUGGUAAUCACAUUUUUGAGGUUCAUAAAAGUGUUAUACAGAAAUACUAUUAGUCUAUUUGCUAUCUAUUGAAAACAUCUUACCCAGCGUGAGCGAAGGUACGAAUUAGAGGAAUUAUUUACUUUGGUACGACUGGCCAAAUUAUACCUACUUUAUUAUCUAUAAGAUAAGACUAAGCAUCUGCCUUAAUACCUGCAAAAAGAUUUAUUGACGAUUCGCAAAAUAUAUUUUUUCUUUGUAACUCACGUACGUAGCCAUUUGAUUUUAGAUUUAUUUAUAUCAGUUUACGCCUUUAUUAAUCAAAAUUCAGAGUUGGCGCAAUUAUAUGAAAUGAUUGUAACCUAUAUUAUAUGACGCAAUUAUAUGAAAUAUAUUCAUGUAUUUUUUUGUAUUUGAGUGUAUUUAUAUUUUCCAUAAGAGGUGUACAGUGUCCUUUAUUAGUAUCGAAUCAGUAAAGGCUGCUUUUAAAUAAUCUAUGAUUAAUAAAAUUGAUGCUGGUUGCACUUAUAAUGACAAAUCUAUCAUAAAUUCAAUUUAAAUGACACUGUGCUUGUAUUAAGUAAUUUUAUGGUAAGAAUAAGUAAAAAAUUAAGUGUUAUAUUUUAUUUAUUCGUUAUUGCAAAUUGUAUAUUCAAAUAAUUUUAAAUUUGUUCUUUAAAUACGUUAAUUGAGUUUAAAUUCUGCCUACGCAUGACCCAUUAAAUCCCCAGGCCUGAACAUUAGAUGUGGCAACGCUGCCAGCCUAUCAAACAUUGUACCUACUAUUUGACGUGCAAUAGCUGGAAGAAUAUAAUUUUUCUUGAAAUUAAAUUAAUUAAAUAUAUAGACUUGUUUUGUCACAAAUGUGUUAAACGUUUUCUAGCUUAGCUAUUUUUCUUUUUAUAUGACACUUUUAUAGUGAUCAAUUCUAGAGGAUUAUAGAGAACAGUUACCAGGAUUGUACCACCCAAAUAAUAAUAUGCACUCGUUAUAAAAUUUAAGUGGUAUUUUAUUACAAUUUGGAUUAAUAAAAAUAUCUUUUUACUUACUUCUGUAUACAUUUUUGUAAAUUGGUUUAUUUGAUAAUAAAUAAUAGUUGUUCCAAUAA